CGCCGCCGAUGCCGAGGCACGAGGUGUGUGAUGGUGCCACAGAGGGCGUGCGGCAGGCCGUGCGAGCAUCUGGCUCUGCUGACUGGAAAAGGCAGUUCCGGCGAGGGGGGAGCCUCAGCAGGAUUGCUGUGUGAAAACCGAGCUGCUGGGAGAAGAGACACCUAUGGCUGCCGAUGAAGGCUCAGCAGAGAAACAGGCAGGAGAGGCCCACAUGGCUGCGGACAGUGAGACCAACGGGUCUUGUGAAAACAGUGAUGCCAGCAGUCAUGCAAAUGCUGCAAAACACACUCAGGACAGCGCAAGGGUCAACCCCCAGGAUGGCACCAACACACUAACCCGGAUAGCGGAAAACGGGGUUUCAGAAAGAGACUCAGAAGCAGGGAAGCAAAACCACGUCACUGCCGAUGACUUUGUGCAGACCUCUGUCAUCGGCAGCAACGGAUACAUCUUAAAUAAGCCGGCCCUGCAGGCCCAGCCCUUGAGGACUACCAGCACUCUGGCCUCUUCGCUGCCUGGCCAUGCUGCAAAAACCCUUCCUGGAGGGGCUGGCAAAGGCAGGACUCCAAGCGCUUUUCCCCAGACGCCAGCCGCCCCACCAGCCACCCUUGGGGAGGGGAGUGCUGACACAGAGGACAGGAAGCCCCCGGCCCCUGGCACUGACGUCAAGGUCCACAGGGCACGCAAGACCAUGCCGAAGUCCGUCGUGGGCCUGCAUGCAGCCAGUAAAGAUCCCAGAGAAGUUCGAGAAGCUAGAGAUCAUAAGGAACCAAAAGAGGAGAUCAACAAAAACAUUUCUGACUUUGGACGACAGCAGCUUUUACCCCCCUUCCCAUCCCUUCAUCAGUCGCUACCUCAGAACCAAUGCUACAUGGCCACCACAAAAUCACAGACAGCUUGCUUGCCUUUUGUUUUAGCAGCUGCAGUAUCUCGGAAGAAAAAACGAAGAAUGGGAACCUAUAGCCUGGUUCCUAAGAAAAAGACCAAAGUAUUAAAACAGAGGACAGUGAUUGAGAUGUUUAAGAGCAUAACUCAUUCCACUGUGGGUUCCAAGGGGGAGAAGGACCUGGGCGCCAGCAGCCUGCACGUGAAUGGGGAGAGCUUGGAGAUGGACUCAGACGAGGACGACUCAGAGGAGCUCGAGGAGGACGAUGGCCACGGCGCAGAGCAGGCGGCUGCAUUCCCCACGGAGGACAGCAGGACCUCCAAGGAGAGCAUGUCGGAGGCUGACCGCGCCCAGAAGAUGGACGGGGAGUCUGAGGAGGAGCAGGAGUCCGUGGACACCGGGGAGGAGGAGGAAGGCGGUGACGAGUCUGACCUGAGUUCGGAAUCCAGCCUCAAGAAGAAAUUUCUCAAGAGGAAAGGAAAGACCGACAGUCCCUGGAUCAAGCCAGCCAGGAAAAGGAGGCGGAGAAGUAGAAAGAAGCCCAGCGGUGCCCUCGGUUCUGAGUCGUAUAAGUCAUCUUCAGGAAGCGGUGAGCAGACGGCACCAGGAGACAGCACAGGGUACAUGGAAGUUUCUCUGGACUCCCUGGAUCUCCGCGUCAAAGGAAUUCUGUCUUCACAAGCAGAAGGGUUGGCCAACGGUCCAGAUGUGCUGGAGACAGACGGCCUCCAGGAAGUGCCUCUCUGCAGCUGCCGGAUGGAAACACCGAAGAGCCGAGAGAUCACCACUCUGGCCAACAACCAGUGCAUGGCUACCGAGAGCGUGGACCAUGAAUUGGGCCGGUGCACAAACAGCGUGGUCAAGUAUGAGCUGAUGCGCCCAUCCAACAAGGCCCCACUCCUUGUGCUGUGUGAAGACCACCGGGGCCGCAUGGUGAAGCACCAGUGCUGUCCCGGCUGUGGCUACUUCUGCACAGCGGGUAAUUUUAUGGAGUGUCAGCCCGAGAGCAGCAUCUCUCACCGUUUCCACAAAGACUGUGCCUCUCGAGUCAAUAACGCCAGCUAUUGUCCCCACUGUGGGGAGGAGAGCUCCAAGGCCAAAGAGGUGACGAUAGCUAAAGCAGACACCACCUCUACCGUGACACCAGUCCCCGGGCAGGAGAAGGGCUCAGCCCUGGAGGGCAGGGCCGACACCACAACGGGCAGUGCUGCUGGGCCACCGCUCUCGGAGGACGACAAGCUGCAGGGUACAGCCUCCCACAUGUCCGAGGGCUUUGAUCCAACGGGACCUGCUGGGCUCGGGAGGCCAACCCCUGGCCUUUCCCAGGGACCAGGGAAGGAAACCUUGGAGAGUGCUCUCAUCGCCCUCGACUCAGAAAAACCCAAGAAGCUUCGCUUCCACCCAAAGCAGCUGUACUUCUCCGCCAGGCAAGGGGAGCUUCAGAAGGUGCUCCUCAUGCUGGUGGACGGAAUUGACCCCAACUUCAAAAUGGAGCACCAGAAUAAGCGCUCCCCACUGCACGCCGCGGCGGAGGCUGGACACGUGGACAUCUGCCACAUGCUGGUUCAGGCGGGCGCUAAUAUUGACACCUGCUCAGAAGACCAGAGGACCCCGUUGAUGGAAGCAGCCGAAAACAACCAUCUGGAAGCAGUGAAGUACCUCAUCAAGGCCGGGGCCCUGGUGGAUCCCAAGGACGCAGAGGGCUCUACCUGUUUGCACCUGGCUGCCAAGAAAGGCCACUAUGAAGUGGUCCAGUACCUGCUUUCAAAUGGACAGAUGGACGUCAACUGUCAGGAUGACGGAGGCUGGACGCCCAUGAUCUGGGCCACAGAGUACAAGCACGUGGACCUCGUGAAGCUGCUGCUGUCCAAGGGCUCCGACAUCAACAUCCGGGACAACGAGGAGAACAUUUGCCUGCACUGGGCGGCGUUCUCUGGCUGCGUGGACAUAGCCGAGAUCCUGCUGGCUGCCAAGUGCGACCUCCAUGCCGUGAACAUCCACGGAGACUCGCCGCUGCAUAUCGCUGCCCGGGAGAACCGCUACGACUGUGUCGUCCUCUUUCUUUCUCGGGAUUCAGAUGUCACCUUAAAGAACAAAGAAGGGGAGACGCCCCUGCAGUGUGCGAGCCUCAACUCUCAGGUGUGGAGCGCUCUGCAGAUGAGCAAGGCUCUGCAGGACUCGGCCCCCGACAGGCCCAGCCCCGUGGAGAGGAUAGUGAGCAGGGACAUCGCUCGAGGCUACGAGCGUAUCCCCAUCCCCUGCGUCAACGCCGUGGAUGGCGAGCCGUGCCCCAGCAACUACAAAUAUGUCUCUCAGAACUGUGUGACGUCCCCCAUGAACAUCGACAGAAACAUCACUCACCUGCAGUACUGUGUGUGCAUCGACGACUGUUCCUCCAGCAACUGCAUGUGCGGCCAGCUCAGCAUGCGCUGCUGGUACGACAAGGACGGCCGGCUCCUGCCAGAGUUCAACAUGGCUGAGCCUCCCUUGAUCUUCGAAUGCAACCACGCAUGCUCCUGCUGGAGGAACUGCCGAAAUCGUGUCGUGCAGAAUGGUCUCAGGGCAAGGCUGCAGCUCUACCGGACGAGGGACAUGGGCUGGGGCGUGCGGUCCCUGCAGGACAUCCCACUAGGCACCUUUGUCUGCGAGUAUGUUGGGGAGCUGAUUUCAGACUCAGAAGCCGAUGUUCGGGAGGAGGAUUCUUACCUCUUUGAUCUCGACAAUAAGGUGGCCCUGGUUCCUGGGGCCUGUCUCAAGUCCGUUGAGGCCACUGUAACAGAACACCACAGACUGCACAGCCUGCCCAACAGACACUGGUUUCUCACAGUGCUGGAGGCCGGAAGUCCAAGGUCAAGGCACCUACCGGUUUGGUUCUGGGGAGGAUCCGGCCACCUGGCUCAUGGAGGAACCGUGCCUUCUCACUGUGUGAGAACCAGUGAGACCAAGACAGGACGGGGAGGUUUACUGCAUCGACGCGCGGUUCUACGGAAACGUCAGCCGGUUCAUCAACCACCACUGCGAGCCCAACCUGGUGCCCGUGCGUGUGUUCAUGGCCCACCAGGACCUGCGGUUCCCCCGGAUCGCCUUCUUCAGCACCCGCCUGAUCGAGGCCGGCGAACAGCUCGGGUUUGACUACGGAGAGCGCUUCUGGGACAUCAAAGGCAAGCUCUUCAGCUGCCGCUGCGGCUCCCCCAAGUGCCGGCACUCGAGCGCGGCCCUGGCCCAGCGUCAGGCCAGCGCGGCCCAGGAGGCCCAGGAGGACGGCCUGCCCGACACCAGCUCCGCGGCUGCCGCCGACCCGCUAUGAGACACCGCCGGCCAGCGGGGCGCUCGGGAGCCAGGGUCCGCCGCGUCGCCGUUUAGAGGAGGAGGAGGAGAGAUUCCGCACGUGUCCUCCUUGGGGGCUGCGCCGCCGGCUUCCUGGAGGGGUCGGAGGUGAGGCUGCAGCCCCUGCGGGCGGGUGCGGACGCCUCCCAGCCACCUUCCCAGACCUGCGGCCUCGCCGCGGGCCCAGUGCCCAGGCUGGAGCGCACACUUUGGCCCGCGCCCCAAAGACGCUGGGAGUCCGCACUGGCAUCACCUUCUGAGUUUCUGAUGCUGAUUUGUCGUUGCGAAGUUUCUCGUUUCUUCCUGUGACCUCCGAGGUCCCCGCUGCACCACGGGGUUGCUUUGUUCUCCUGCCCGGCCCAGACUGUUCUGUGUGGCACCGCCGAGGCCACCGUUAGCGCGAGCUGCUCCGUUGGCCCUGCCCGCGCCCUGCGUGGCUGGUGCCGGGUCCCAGGGGCUGCACGGAGGACACUGUCUGCUGCCAGUCUCGGAGAGUCAGGAGACCGACCCCGCCACUAACUUUGGAGAAAAUGUGGGUUUGCUUUUUAAAGGAAUCCUAUAUCUAGUCCUAUAUAUCAAACCUCUAACUGACGUUUCUUUUCGAGGAAGUGGUUUGGUGGGUGCAGCCCCCGCCGGUUCCGUUGACGCUGGCACCUUCUGUUGAUUUUUUAAGCCACAUGCUAUGAUGAAUAAACUGAUUUAUUUUCUACCAUUACUGAACAUUAGGACAAACAAAAAAUAAAAAACAAAACACAGACAACGGUGCUGAUUCUGGUGUGGUUUCUACUCACCACGUGAAAUAAACUAUCAACUGUAUAAAGAGAACAAAGUGAUUUUAGAAUAAAAUGCAGGAAAAACUUUUUUAAAAAUGUUAGUCUUGUAGUGUGAAUAAAUUUGCCAUCACCUUUUGUGUGGUGGCCUGGCAGGUCAUAUACUUUUUUUUGGCAUAUACCUUUUUAAAUACUGUAAUUAGUGCAGUAACAGUGGGGUUUUUUUUGUGCAACUCUUCUAAACAUUCAUAAUGCAGUCAUGUUUAUUUUUUUUCUGUUAAAAUGUUUUUGACAGUUUUAAGAGCAGUCUUUUGGCUCUGACCAUUUCUUGUUCUGUUUUCAAUGAAAUCAAUAAAAAAAAAAAGAAGUACUUUAAA